GGCGCAAACGUCGAUCAUCGGGUCAAUCCAAGCGCCCAGCAAGGUGGUCAGCGGCAGCUCUGUGCACGUUUAGAAAAUGACUGCUCGUGGCUUAUGUCGGGGCCUCGUCCAGCCGCUGUUCGGCCUUGAGAACCUGCCCUCCUCGGUGUCGCAGUGGGGUCGAUGCUUCUCGUCCUCGGUCGCAGCCGGUAGUGCCAGUCCAAGGUCGAACGCAAGCAUAAGCAUCCCUUCUCGUCCUUUGGCAUUCGCGUUUGACAUCGACGGCGUCCUGAAAGCCGGCCCGCACGUCUUACCAUGCGCCAAGCGCGCUCUGCGCAUCCUCGAUGGCGCCAACUCGCUCGGCCGGCGCUUCCCUUACCUGUUCAUUACCAAUAGUGGAGGCUAUGACGAAGCGGAUCGUGCACGCCAAUUUAGCGCCGAGCUUGAAGUAGACGUGCAGGAGGAUCAAGUGAUACAAGCACACACGGUGCUCGCUAGCUUGACAAAGUUGUAUGCAAACAAGUCGGUGCUGGUCAUUGGGCCGAAUUCAUCGCGAAGGAUUAUGAAGAAAUAUGGCUUCCAGGAUGUGUACACCGCCAAUGACCUACACGCUUCGGCGCCUGCUGCAUGGCCUUUCAUCCGCCCGCCGGACAGCUCCAAGGUCGAGAUCCGUGACGCCGACUUCUCGCAGGUUUGCUUCGCUGCUGUGAUGGUCUUUCAUGACUCGCGCGAUUGGGGCCGAGAUGCGCAACUCAUGAUCGACGUCCUGCGCUCUCAAGACGGGCGAUUCGGCACUGUCGAUGAUUACUGGAGCAUUAGCAACAGCGGCAAGAGCGGAGGGAGGAAACAGCUCCCGCUAUAUUUCUCACACAACGAUCUGCUUUGGGGCAACGACUUCUCAGUCUCGAGAUUCGGGCAAGGAGCAUUCCGAGCAGCAGUGGAGAACGUGUGGCUGCAAACAACUGGGAGACCACUCGAAUCAAUAGCUUUUGGCAAACCCUGCAGACUGACGUAUGAGUUUGCCGAUGCGCUGCUGCAAGAACGGCUCGCACGGCUGUCCUCUGACCCGCAACAGACUCCUCCAGCACCAGCAUCAGUGUGGAUGAUCGGUGACAACCCUGCAUCCGACAUUGCAGGAGCUAAUGCAUUCGGAUGGAAGUCAGCGCUGGUCAGGACUGGAGUCUAUAGAGAUGCACUCGGUCGGCCGGAGCAUGAGCCAACGCUCAUCGUGGACGAUGUUGAAGUCGCGAUUAGAAAGGUCAUUCAGGAAGAGUGCGGAGUGGAGCCAUAGAAGCUGAAAUUCGCAUUCUCGAGCCGCGCAAGGACGAUGAAUUCGAAUAGAGGCUAUUCGCAGGAGAGAUCUCGUAAAACCUUGAAUUCA